GUACACACCUAUAUCGAUAACAUUAUUAUCGCUAGUAAAGAUAUAGAGGAGUACCUCAAGUAUAUUGAGACGGUUCUCGAUAUUUUAGACAAGGUAUACGUUUACAUUUCUAUAGAAAAACCCUUUGUAGCCUACCCGUCAGUAAGACUCCUUGGUUAUAUAGUCAAUGGCGAAGGAGUAGCUAAGAUAGACGAUAGAAUCGCUAUAUUUAAGAAGCUUAAGUUCCCUAAUACCUUAGAAGCCUUAGAGCAGUACCUAGGUAUAGCUAGAUGGCUACGCAAAGGCAUCCUAUAG